GUUUAAUCCAAAGUUGGCCAGGCAUUGGCACGCACCACAGUCCACAGACACGAAUCAACUGCCCAAAAAAAAAAAACCAUUUUUCCCAUUGGAUUAUCCAGCGAGGUCACUCUAAUCUUUGAAUUCAGAAGUUUUUUGGAGUAUUGGGAUUUGGGGGCAACUUGGACAAGUGUUAGAAGGAGGAGAGAUUCCCAAAUUUCGCUUAGAAACCCAUCCAUCGCUGAUGGGUCACGAGGAUGAAUCGUGGUUUAGGUGGAAAGGGGGGCGAGAGGCUUUUAUUGAAUCAGAUUUUUGAAUUGUCAAGUUGUCAAAAGUUUCCAUCGCAGGAAACAAACAGAGACUACGCUAGAGUUUUCCAUCUAAAAGCGGGACCAAUCCGCCAUUAAUGUUGAACUCUCGACCACUCUUCUUCCUUCCCCUCUCUAUUUUGCGGGAAAGUUUCUGCUGAACUCCUCUGGGGAAGAAAACAGCACAUAUAACGAGAACCCAACGCUUGCUUUCUACGUUUCUGGCCUCCCUUCUUCCUAUAUUUUGUUUUGAUUGCUGAGACAAGAAAAGGAUCGCUAAAGCUCUGAAGGUUGGGGACUCUCUUGGCUUCUUCUAAUGGGUGCCUGCUUAAGUACCAGAGUCAAAGCUGAAAGCUCAUGUAAUACAGGGGCGAACUCUAAUGCUGUGAGCACUGAUGGGAACGAUAUCGGUAUGCCACCAACUCCGCGAACUGAAGGCGAAAUCUUGCAGUCCCCCAAUUUAAAGAGCUUCAGCUUCGCAGAGCUUAAAGCAGCCACCAGGAACUUCCGUCCCGAUAGCGUGCUAGGAGAAGGUGGUUUUGGUUCAGUCUUCAAGGGCUGGAUUGAUGAGCAUUCCUUUGCUGCAGCCAAGCCCGGCACCGGAAUGGUUAUUGCAGUCAAAAGGCUUAACCAGGAUGGAUUUCAAGGCCACAGAGAGUGGUUGGCUGAAGUAAAUUUUCUAGGCCAACUUUCUCAUUGUCACCUCGUGAGAUUGGUUGGCUAUUGCUUGGAGGAUGAGCACCGAUUGCUCGUGUAUGAAUUCAUGCCUCGAGGGAGCUUGGAAAAUCAUUUGUUUCGAAGGGGAUCCUAUUUUCAACCUCUUUCGUGGAGCCUGCGCUUGAAGGUUGCACUUGGCGCUGCAAAAGGGCUUGCCUUUCUCCACAGCGACGAAAUAAAAGUGAUCUACCGCGACUUCAAGACUUCGAACAUCCUACUUGAUUCAAAAUACAAUGGCAAACUCUCUGAUUUUGGGUUGGCCAAAGAUGGGCCAACGGGUGAUAAAAGCCACGUCUCUACUCGGGUGAUGGGGACGUACGGAUACGCAGCCCCGGAGUAUCUGGCUACAGGUCAUCUAACCACUUGGAGUGAUGUCUAUAGCUUCGGAGUUGUUCUACUAGAAAUAUUAUCGGGAAGGAGAGCAAUCGACAAGAAUCGACCCUCUAGAGAACACAACCUUGUGGAAUGGGCAAAACCGUACCUUGCAAACAAACGUAAGAUUUUUCGAGUAAUCGACAGUCGUCUUGAGGGCCAAUAUUCAUUGGAUGGAGCCUACAAGGCAUCCACCCUUGCGCUACAAUGCCUUUCCAUCCAACCCAAACUCAGACCCAACAUGAAUGAUGUUGUUAAAGAACUAGAGCAACUACAAGAUUCCAGGUACCCGACAAGCAACAGGAAUUCAGUCAAUAAUCGCCGUGCUCGUAGGCAUAGCACCGAUGAUGCCCGUAAGCCAGAUAAUGCUCAAGCUUAUCCCCGGCCUUCUGUCUCGGUUCUCUACGCAUAAGAUGGUGGUCAGGCAACUACAAGAAGACUGAGGAACUUAGCUGAUGCAAUUCAAUGUUCAGCAACUGUACAGUUUUGAUCCUGUCAUCCUUCUGUGGUGAUUCUCGGAUCGGUUCGGUUCAAGUUAUUUGAUUUCUGGUGGGUGCUACUGAAUCCGAAUAGCUAAGUAAAGUUCGAUCUCGUCGUUGCUGCUGAAGUUGAGAUGAGGAGCUAUGCACCAAGAUUUACUUGCUGCUUGAGUUUGUAUUCUGUAAAGAAUUUGUCUGAUUUUUGUGUGGGGGAAAAAUGAAGAAACUGAGAAUAGAGGGAAGCUAGAAUCUUUUAGAUGAUUGAUGAGCAAUAAAAGAAUGUAUCUGCUUUCAAAUUCGUUCAUAUAUUUUGCUAAAGUUAUUGCAGUUUUGAGC